AUGCCUUACGAAGCGCGUCAGCUCACGAUCAACGCCAAGCGUCUCAACGACACGAUCCACGAGACGUGCGAGUGGGGCGCCGCUCACCGCUGGGGCGACGCCCCGACCGAGACUGGCAUGUGUCGCCUCGCACUCUCAGACGACGACAAGCUCGUUCGCGACUGGUUUGUCAAGGAGAUGAAGAGUCUCGGCUGCGAAGUCAAGAUUGACCAGAUGGGUUCAAUCUUUGCCAUUCGCAAGGGCAAGAAGGAUGGGCCUCCUACGGCUAUGGGUUCUCACCUUGACACGCAACCCACUGGCGGCCGCUACGACGGCAUCCUCGGCGUGCAAUCGGCCGUCGAGGCCAUGCGCACCAUUCAUGAGGCUGGACUGGUCACAGAGUUCCCCAUCGCUGUGGUCAACUGGACGAACGAGGAGGGAGCGCGUUUCCCCAAGUCGCUCCAUGCGUCCUGCGUGUGGUCCGGCGAGCUCACCCUUGAGGACGCGUAUGCGCUGUGUGACGUCGCCAACCCCGGCGUGUCGGCUGGAGCCGAGCUUGACCGGAUCGGCUACAAGGGCUCCGUCCCUGCGUCGCACAAGGCCAACCCCCUCGCUGCCCAUUUUGAGCUCCACAUCGAGCAGGGCCCCGUCCUCGAGAGCCACAACCAGCGCGUCGGCGUCGUCCAGGGCGGCCAGGCGUACAAGUGGUUCACCAUCCGCGUAAACGGCCGCGACUCGCAUGCUGGUACCACGCCCUUUGAUUACCGUGCCGACCCGAUGCUGGCCGCCUCGCAGUUUAUCGUCGCCGCUCACCAAAUCGCCAAGGAGCACCACGGCCUCGCGACUACCGGUAUCUUCCACCUGCAGCCGGGGUCGAUCAACACGAUCCCGAACGUCGUCGAGUUCACUCUCGAUAUCCGCCACGUGGACGACGCGCAGCUCGCGCUGAUCGAGAAGGCCAUCCGCGAGGCGUCCGACAAAAUCGCGGCCAACGACAACGCGCGCUACAAGUGCUCGAUUGACUGGGAGGUUCUCUUCGACAACCCGGCCACCAAGUUCCACCCGCUGUGCACCGGAGCUGUUGAGAAGGCUGCGUGCGCUUCAGUGCCGUCCGAGCAGGUCCGGAAGAUCGUAUCAGGUGCUGGUCAUGAUUCUUGUGCCACGUCCCGCAUCUGUCCCACCGGCAUGGUGUUUAUCCCAUGCCGCGAGGGCCUGUCGCACAACCCUCGCGAGUACUCGACUCCCGAAGACUGCGCACUGGGAGCCCAGGUGCUCAUGGACGCCGCGCUGCUGUUCGACUCUCAGCGGACGGCGUAG